CGGAGUGUAAGCAGGAAGGCCACCUCUAGCAUUUGAGCAACUGCUCUCAGAAGUUAACAUCCUGAGAAAAGAUGGUAUUUUCUACUUAUGUCUAGAUUAACAAGGCUUCUUUGCCAGAACAGGUAGGACUCUAGCUCAACCUAGUGUAAGAAUUCCAAAAACCAGUAUUGUGACAUCUCCCCUCCAUACAGGACUACAGUUAAUACAAGCAGUACACGACCACAUUUCAAAGGUCCCUGCCAAGACACGAGGAAAUCAUUACAUCCCUCUUCUUUUACCUUAUAACAGAGCUUGUUUUCCUGCCUCCCAAGACAAGCUUGCACAGCCAUUCCUGCUUGAAAGCCCCUCUGGGGCUUCUGUUUCACCCUGUGUUUGUGCUUUCAGCAGAAGGGAGCAUCUUGGAGCAGCCUGCAAGGCCUCCCCAGCUCACUCAGAACCUAAAGAGCCUGUCUGAAAGCAGGGCUGUCAUGAGGGAAGUGGCCAGGCACAGGUCCCCUUGGCAUGGAGGUUCCACCGCUCAGCCCCACGCCCUCACUGGGGAGGUGUCAGGAGGCCCCACUCACACCCAGCCCGUCGCUGCCUCCCCAUGCACGCGGCCUCACCUUUGUGUGAGCUGUGCUGUGUUUACCCUCCCACUUCCUUGUUGCACUGCAGUAUGAGGGCCAUAAACUGUAUGGCUGGCACAGCUGAGCCUUCAGCGGCACAGACGGAAGGAAGAAGAGGAGGGGGAUGGCAGCCAGCUCCCCGCCCUGUGUCAGAGCACCCCAGGUGCCACCGUGGUGGUUGGGAGUGCAGCCCUUCCCCUAGGGAUGGUGCCGCUGCCUGCAGCAGCACUCUGAUGCUCACCAGCCACCCUCAUGGUCGGGGCUGAGUGCACACCAGGGGAGAACAAGACUUACUUCCCAUUCUUCUCAGACUUCAGGGAUGGCAACGUGACGGCCCUGCGUGUUGGUGAGUUGACUGCGCUGGGCUCCGUCUUCCUGCUGGCCUUAGUGGGCAACAUCUGGGGCAUCUGCCUGCUGGUGUGGCGGCAGCAACGGCUGUGUGCUGCCAACUACCUCGUCCUCAACCUCUUCUGUGCCGACCUGCUCUUCAUCACCGCCAUCCCGUUCAUUGGCAUCGUGCGCUGGACUGAGACCUGGGUGUUGGGCGACGUCAUCUGCCACAUGCUCUUCUAUGUGAUGACCCUCAGUGGCACUGUUGUCAUUGUCUCUCUCUCAGCCGUCAGCCUGGAGAGGGUCAUCAGCAUCGCUCGGCUGCAUCACACUGCCUUUCGGCGCCGCAAGCUGCUGGCUGCUGUCCUCUUCAUCUGGGGCUUUGCCGCUAUUGUCACCUUGCCGCUCUGCUGCUUCUUCACUGUGGUGCAGCUGCCCAGUGUUACUGGUGAGGAGAUUCAUAUUUGUACCUUGGAUUGGCCCAGCCAUGCAGGAGAAAUAGUCUGGGAUGUGACCUAUGCUAUUGUUGUCUUUUUAAUACCAGGAUUAAUCAUUGUCAUCAGUUAUUCCAAAAUCUUACAGAUUACAAAAGCAUCAAGAAGAAGUUUAAAUGCUGGAUUGGCCUACUCAGAAAACCAUCAGAUUCGUGUUUCUCAGCAAGACUACAAACUAUUUCGAGCCCUCAUUGUGUUGAUGAUCUCCUUCUUCAUCAUGUGGAGCCCAAUUAUCAUAAUUAUUUUUUUAAUUUUAGUCCAGAACUACAAACAAGAUUUAAAUAUUUUGCCAUCAGUUUUCUUCUGGAUAGUGCUAUUCACAUUUUCCAACUCUGCUGUCAACCCAGUUUUAUAUAAUGUUGCCCAUUUUAGACGUAAAUGUCAGGAAAUUUUCCUCUGUUGUACAGGGAACCCUGUAAGGACUGGGGCUGGUUCGGAAACCUCUACAAGAAGUAAACGUGAAAAACCUCAUUUAUCUGUCAUUACCAGAUAAUUAUUUCAAGUCUGAACAGUGACUAUUUUGGAUGUCAGUGUCUAUACUAUCCCAGUUUGACUAGGUUAUCAUGCUAUAGUAUUAUAUGCUAGAGGAGGCAAAAAGAAAAAAAAAAAGCAUUCCAGAAAGUAAAAUCCUCUUGACUUCACUGCUUUGCCUCAGUAAGAUCUGCACAAUUUAAUCCAAUGGAUUGAACUCUCCGCUUGUACUGGAAGAAAAUGAAAUAUGGCAGUGAACUUGGUGAAUGUAAAAUAGUCAAAGUAAGUACUUAGUAGAAUUAAAUACUAUGGGAGUAUAUUUCCAGUUGGCAGAAAUGCUAUUAAUUUUAAUGAAGUCAUACUGAAUCUAUAUCAAGAGCAGAUCUGUUCUGUCUUUACUCUUUAUUUUUACUGAGAUCAACUUUACAGUGAAAAUGUACAUCUUCAGAAGUUUUCUGCUCUUGUAGACUACCAGAAAAAAAAAGCACCUGUUUUUACAGUUAGAUAACUGUCUACGUACACAAGGGUUUUCGCAAGUGAGAUUAUAAAGCUUUAUUAUCAACAUGUGAAUUGUUGUUUUAGUUCCACCUUAAAUUAAAUAAAUGGAUAUAAUGCCUACUAAUUUAUAAAUAAAGAAUAAAUAAAUGUUUACUUGUCAUGUGAAAAACAGUUAUUUUUAAAAGAUGCAUUUCUUAUGACUUCUGUAGUCAUAAAAGCAAGCAGUGCUAUAUACUGUUAUUGGAAUUCUUUUUGCAUUUCUAAAAUGCAAUUGGAAAAGAUUUUCAGUAUUUCCUGGGGGAAAAAAAAAAAA